AUGCCCGUGGAUUUUGACAAGCGAGAAUACUGGCACGAGCGGUUUUCUUCGGAGACCAAGUUUGAAUGGCUCAUCACAUCUGAAAGCUUCAUGGCCAUACUAGAGCCCCUGCUCUCACAGCUACCCAAGAGCUCGCGGAUCCUGCAAUUGGGUUCUGGGAACAGUGAUUUGCACAAUCACUUGCGGGCUCGCGGCUUUUCCAAUGUCACAAACAUUGACUACGAGCCGUUGGCCAUUGAACGGGGUAGACAGCUGGAGAAUUUGGCGUUUGGGGAUGUCAUAAUGAACUACCUCGUCGCUGAUGCCACCAGGAUUGACCCGACGCACCUCUGCAGCAAAGGCCGGUUCGACUUGGUCAUCGACAAAAGCACCGCCGACGCCCUUUCUUGCGGCGGCAAUGAGGCCCUCAUGGGCAUGCUGCGCGGAGUUAAGGAGUGUUUGGACGCCGAACAUGGGAAAUGGGUGUCAGUCAGCUAUUCUGAGCACCGCUUCAACCUGGAUGGCAAUCCCUUCCAUAUUAAUAUUAUGCAUAAGAUUCCCACGCCAAAGCGGCUCGAAACCGAUCCCGACAUUUUCCACUGGUGUUACAUGUUAAGUCCUUGA